AUGCCUUCGUCGCACCGCCGGCCUGCGCCAGCCACCGGCCGCAGGACUCAUACCAACGUCCCUGCUUCGUCCCCUGGGUCGCAGGCGCAGCCCAGCCUCUCGAGCAGGAAUCAGGAUUUGACUGAGGAGCUUCAGGAGAAAGUCAUGGAUGCAUACACCCAACUCAACAAGGUUUUCUCGGAACGGGACCGCUACGCCCAUCUAUACGAGCAGGCCAACAAGAAACUGUCCGAGUCGCAAGCGGCCAAGGCAGACCUCAAGAACCAGGUGCAUGCCCUCAAAGAGGAGAUGCUCACGUCGAGGUCCCUCAAGGAGGAGAACGCCGCGUUGAAGCGCAAGCUCCAGGAUGCCAAGCGGGAAAACAAGGAGCUCAACAACGCCAUUAGUGAGUGGAGAAGCGAAUACGCCAUUCUCCAACAGGACAACAACGACCUUACUGCAGCAUUCAAUGCCGCUGUCACUAGCCCAUCGGGCGUUCCUGGCCCGUCAACGAGGCUUCCGGAACGGCCCAAGCCGUCGCACAAGGAGAAGAAGGCCGAAAAGGAGCGGCUCUCAAAGCGCUUCGGCGACAACCCCCCGCCACCCCAGAGCCGGCGGCAGAGCUUCUUCGAACCCCGGGGCCCCGGUGCCCGGCCCGCGCCAUCGGCUCCGGGUUGGGAUUGCGCCGACGUCCCAGCGCCGACCGCCCAAACGCUGUACCGCACUGUCACCUUCUCGACGGUCCCGCGCACAGCCAAUCCGCUUGGCUCAAGCUUGUACCAGCCGGGUGGCGGCAGCUUGUACGACGACGGCUUCGAGGAUGGAAACUAUCACGCGCACCCCGUGCCUCGGUAG